UAGGAGUAGUAGAGUGUACAGUAUACAGACAGAAGGUUCUAUUUUAGAAAAUUUGUCUGUAAAAAGAUCACAAAAAAUGGAGACAAAGUGAAAUCAAAAACUUUUUCAAAGUUUAACUUCUUUAGCUAACCACAUCAUUAAAGCCCCAAUUUUGAUUUGCUCUCUCCAAUUCUCCAAUCAAAAUUAAUCCUUUUAUUUUCUCCCCAUGGAAAUCCCCACUCUUUCUUCUCCAUUUGCAUGCUUUUCCAAGAAAUAAAGCCGGAUGAUCCUUAGUUUUGUUUCUGUUGGCAAAAACCUUUGUUAUUCACGGUCCAACUUUUAUGUGCAGAUGGACUUCUCUCGUAUCUGCAAUCAGGUUCCUCUGCUAAAAAGAAUAAUUACUUGAUGUUAAUGAAGAUGGAACUGGUGUUUGGAGCUCUACUACUUGCUUGCUUGCUUUCUGUUGCAUUUUCUGAUUUGCAAGGAGAUGCAUUAUAUGCAUUGAAGGUUUCAUUGGAUGUUCCAGCGAGUCAGUUAACAGAUUGGAAUCAAAAUCAAGUUAACCCAUGCACUUGGUCGAAUGUCAUCUGUGACAAUGAUCAUGUCACAUCUGUAACAUUGUCUGGCAUGAACUGUUCUGGAACUUUGUCUCCUAAAAUAGGAGUUCUGAAGAAUCUUAAGACAUUAACACUGAAAGGAAAUGGCAUAAAUGGUGAGGUACCAAAAGAGUUUGGAAAUCUAACUAGUUUAUCAAGCUUGGAUUUGGGAAAUAACCGUUUAAUUGGUGAAAUACCAUCUUCCCUCGGCAAUCUUAAAAACCUACAGUUUUUGACAUUGAGCCAAAACAAUCUUACUGGAGGCAUCCCUGAAUCACUUUCUGGUCUUCAAAAUUUGAUCAACAUUCUACUGGAUUCAAAUAAUCUCAGUGGCCAAAUUCCUGAGCAUCUAUUCCGGAUUCCAAAAUACAAUUUUACUGGCAAUCACCUAAAUUGUGGUUCAAUUUUUCAUCAGCGCUGCGAAUCUGAUAGUACUGCUUCAGGUUCUUCAAAUAAGCCAAAGAUUGGUAUAAUAAUUGGGAUUGUUGGAGGAGUUACAAUACUACUUCUAUUUGGAGGUCUGCUUUUCUUUGUUUGCAAGAGUAGAAACAAAGGUUACAAACGUGAAGUAUUUGUCGAUGUUGCAGGUGAAGUUGACCGAAGAAUUGCAUUUGGUCAAUUGAAAAGAUUCUCAUAUCGAGAAUUGCAGCUGUCCACAGAAAAUUUCAGUGAGAAAAAUAUCCUUGGACAAGGAGGUUUUGGAAAGGUUUAUAAAGGAGUGCUUCAAGAUGGUACAAAAGUUGCCGUGAAGCGUUUAACUGAUUUUGAAAGUCCAGGAGGAGACGCAGCUUUCCAACGUGAAGUUGAGAUGAUUAGUGUAGCAGUUCACAGAAAUCUAUUGCGGUUGAUAGGUUUUUGCACAACACCUUCAGAACGUCUUUUGGUGUAUCCAUUCAUGCCAAAUUUAAGUGUGGCAUAUCGUUUAAGAGAACGUAAACCUGAGGAACCUGUUUUAAUUUGGGCAACAAGAAAAAGAGUGGCAUUAGGUGCAGCACGUGGGCUGGAAUAUCUUCAUGAACAUUGUAAUCCUAAGAUCAUUCAUCGGGAUGUAAAGGCUGCUAAUGUGUUACUGGAUGAAGAUUUUGAAGCAGUUGUUGGUGACUUUGGCCUGGCAAAGUUGGUGGAUGUCAGAAAGACUAAUGUAACAACUCAAGUUCGAGGGACAAUGGGCCACAUUGCACCUGAGUACUUAUCCACUGGGAAGUCAUCUGAAAGGACAGAUGUUUUUGGAUACGGAAUCAUGCUUCUAGAACUUGUGACGGGCCAACGAGCAAUUGAUUUUUCACGAUUGGAAGAGGAGGAUGAUGUCUUAUUGCUUGACCAUGUCAAAAAGCUGGAGAGAGAAAAACGACUGGACGCAAUUGUAGAUCGCAACCUUACUAAAAAUUAUAACAUUCAAGAAGUGGAGAUGAUGAUAAAAGUUGCAUUACUAUGCACGCAAUCAUCACCGGAGGAACGUCCAUUAAUGUCGGAGGUGGUACGGAUGCUAGAAGGAGAGGGUUUGGCCGAGAGAUGGGAAGAAUGGCAGCACGUUGAGGUGACGCGGAGGCAAGAAUAUGAAAGACUGCAGAGAAGAUUUGACUGGGGAGAAGAUUCUCUUUAUAACCAUGAUGCUAUCGAGCUAUCUGGUGGAAGAUAAGGUGACAUACUUCCCUUAUCCAUUUCUUAGGCUAGGUUUGAAAUAUUUAUUCAGUGUACAAUAUAUGGCUUGAAAAAGAAAGAAAAUAUUGCUUCAUAGUGUUAUUUUUCUUUCAUCUUUUAUUCCAUUUUUUAUUUCCCUUUUUUGUAUGAUACAUGGUGGAUAUCUGCAAGUUUUACCACCAAAUGUGAUGAUGAUCUGUAAGUUCUUCAUAUAUAGCUUUUCUUUAUUAACCUAAGGAAAAGGAUAAUUGGGUGAA